AUGGCCCUGGCGUUCUGCGGCGACGAGGGCAAUUCCACCGCCUACAACGUGGACCACGGCGUGCUCAACAACGGCUGCUUCGUGGAUGCGCUCAACGUGGUGCCGCACGUCUUCUUGCUCUUCAUCACCUUCCCCAUUCUCUUCAUCGGAUGGGGGAGUCAGAGUUCCAAAGUACAUAUACACCACAGCACAUGGCUUCAUUUUCCUGGCCACAAUUUACGCUGGAUACUGACUUUUAUCCUCUUGUUUGUGCUGGUGUGUGAAAUUGCAGAGGGUAUAGUGUCUGAUGGGGUUUCUGAAUCCCGCCACUUACACCUGUACAUGCCGGCUGGAAUGGCAUUCCUGGCAGCCAUCACAUCAGUUGUCUAUUACCACAAUAUUGAAACAUCUAAUUUCCCCAAGCUGUUAAUAGCAUUGCUGUUCUACUGGACUUUAGCUUUCAUAACUAAAACCAUCAAAUUUGUGAAGUUCUGUGAUAAUGGGGUUGGAUUUUCUCAGCUUCGAUUUUGCCUCACAGGACUCUUGGUUGUUCUUUACGGAAUGCUACUAGCUGUAGAAAUCAAUGUCAUCAGGGUGAGGAGGUAUGUUUUCUUCAAAACCCCUAAAGAAGUUAAACCUCCUGAGGAUCUCCAGGAUCUUGGUGUUAGAUUCUUGCAGCCCUUUGUGAAUCUGUUAUCCAAAGGAACAUACUGGUGGAUGAACACAUUCAUCAAGACUGCCCAUAAAAAACCAAUAGACUUGAAAACCAUAGGCAAGCUUCCCAUUGCUAUGAGAGCUCUGACCAAUUACAUUCGCCUUAAUGAGGCCUUUGAAGCACAGAAGAACAAAAGAUCAUCGUCUCCCCAAGGAUCCAGAUCCAUUUGGUGUGCUCUCUGCUGUGCUUUUGGAAGACCCUUACUUCUCAGCAGCACAUUCCGUAUUCUGGCUGACUUACUUGGAUUCGCUGGGCCACUCUGUAUCUCUGGGAUUGUUCACAACGUUGGGAAAGGAAAUAACACCAUCCGCCCACAGACUAAAAUUCUUGGUGUUUUCUUUAUUUCAUCACAAGAGUUCCUGUCCAAUGCUUAUGUUUUGGCUGUACUCUUAUUUUUUGCCCUUCUAUUGCAAAGGACAUUUCUGCAAGCAUCAUACUAUGUCGCUAUUGAAACAGGAAUCAACUUGAGAGGGGCAAUACAGACAAAAAUAUACAAUAAAAUUAUGCAGCUUUCAACUUCUAACAUGUCUAUGGGGGAGAUGACAGCAGGCCAGAUCUGUAACCUGGUUGCCAUAGACACAAAUCAGCUGAUGUGGUUCUUCUUCCUCUGCCCUAACCUUUGGGCUAUGCCAGUACAGAUAAUUGUAGGAGUUCUUCUGCUCUACUACCUUCUUGGAAUCAGUGCCUUAAUUGGAGCAGCAGUAAUCAUAGUCCUUGCACCUGUUCAGUAUUUCGUAGCCACAAAACUCUCACAGGCCCAGCGAAGUACAUUGGAGUACUCCAACGAGAGACUGAAGAAGACAAAUGAGAUGCUGCGGGGCAUUAAGCUCCUGAAACUCUAUGCUUGGGAGCACAUAUUUCACAGCAGUGUGGAGGAAACCAGACAGAAAGAAAUGACUAGCCUCAAGUCUUUUGCCCUUUACACCUCCAUAUCCAUCUUUAUGAAUGCAGCAAUACCAAUUGCAGCUGUGCUUAUAACAUUUGUUGUCCAUGCUCAUCUGACAAGAAAGGCUGACUUCUCCCCGUCAGUGGCAUUUGCCUCCCUCUCCCUGUUUCAUAUCCUUGUGUCUCCAUUGUUCCUGCUCUCAAGUGUGGUUAGAUCCACUGUCAAAGCAUUAGUAAGUGUGCAGAAAUUGAGUGAAUUCUUGUCAAGUGAAGAAAUUGGAGAAGAGCAUGAUAAAUCUUCGGAGCUAAGAAGUGCAGAUAAUCACAGCAAGUACCAAGCAGUGCCACUCAAGGUUGUGAAUCGCAAGAGGCCUGCCAGGGAGGACUGGAACAAUUACAGCUCUCACAUGAGAAGACCCAUUAACAUCACAGAAGCUGAUGAUUUUUGUGUAAAGAUCACAAAUGGAUUUUUCACUUGGACACCUGAAGGUCCUCCAGCAUUGUCCAAUAUUGAUAUCCGAAUCCCUCAAGGCCAGCUAACAAUGAUUGUAGGACAGGUGGGCUGUGGUAAGUCAUCUCUCUUGCUGGCCAUACUUGGUGAGAUGCAGAAGAUCUCUGGGAACAUAUCCUGGACCAGCUGCACUUCUGACAGUGAGAUGGGGGAAUAUUUCAGCCCAGAGAAAGAGUCUCCUGUUGACAUGGAAGUCAGGAAAAGAGGUGCAGUAGCUUAUGCAUCCCAGAAGCCUUGGCUGCUCAAUGCCACAGUGGAAGAGAAUAUCACGUUUGAAAGCUCUUUUAACAAACAGAGGUACAAAGCAGUAAUUGAUGCUUGUUCCCUCCAGCCUGAUAUUGACAUUCUGCCUCACGGAGACCAAACCCAGAUUGGAGAGAGGGGUAUUAAUCUGUCUGGAGGGCAGCGCCAGCGGAUCAGUGUGGCACGAGCUCUUUACCAGCAGACGAAUGUUGUGUUUCUGGAUGAUCCUUUUUCUGCCCUGGAUAUCCACCUGAGUGACCAUCUCAUGCAAGAAGGGAUCCUGAAGAUGCUGCGGGAGGACAAGCGGACCAUUGUGCUGGUGACUCACAAGCUGCAGUACUUGCCCCACGCUGACUGGAUAAUUGCAAUGAAAGAUGGUAACAUCCAGAGAGAAGGAACACUCAAGGACAUUCAGAAAUCAGAGACUGAGCUCUUUGAACACUGGAAGACAUUAAUGAAUCGACAAGACCAAGAGCUGGAGAAGGAAACAACUAUUGAGGAAAACCCUGUUUUGGAAAGAACGAAUCUCCGGAGGACGAUGUAUUCCCGGGAAGCGUUGCUGAAAGAUGAUGAAGAGGAUGAAGAAGAAGUAACAGAGAGUGAUGACGAAGACAACCUGUCUUCAGUGCUGCAUCAGAGAGCCAAGAUGCCCUGGAGAGCCUGUGGCAAGUACCUGAGUGCAGCAGGGAUCCUCCUGCUGCCCCUGCUCCUCCUGUCCCAGCUGCUGAAGCACACAGUGAUGGUGGCCAUUGACUACUGCCUAGCACUCUGGACUGAGCAUGCCAUUUCUAUCAAUAUAGAGCCCGAGACAAAAAACUGCUCCCAGUGCAUGGAAUUUGACCAUUCUCCAUAUUCAAAAGUUUUCAGCAUACUUUGCUGCCUUGGCAUCGUAUUAUGUCUUGUCACAUCAAUAGCAGUGGAGUGGACUGGCUUGAAAGUCACCAAAAAGCUACACUCUUCUUUACUAAAUAAAAUUAUUUUGGCUCCAAUGAGGUUUUUUGAAACAACACCUCUGGGAAGUAUAUUGAACAGAUUUUCAGCUGACUGCAAUACCAUUGACCAGCACAUUCCAGCUACCCUGGAGUGCUUGAGCCGUUCCACCUUGCUGUGCGUGUCUGCCCUUGCUGUGAUCUCCUACGUCACGCCCAUGUUCCUCAUUGCCCUGGUGCCCCUGGCAAUCAUGUGCUACUUCAUCCAGAAGUACUUCCGAGUCGCCUCCCGGGACCUGCAGCAGCUGGAUGACAGCACUCAGCUACCAUUACUCUCCCAUUUUUCAGAGACUGUUGAAGGUCUUACCACCAUCCGAGCCUUCAGGUAUGAAGCCAAAUUCCGACAAAAACUUCUUGAAUACACAGAUUCCAACAACAUUGCCUCCCUUUUCCUCACAGCGGCCAAUCGCUGGCUGGAAGUUCGUAUGGAGUACAUUGGAGCAUGUGUGGUACUCAUAGCAGCUGUCACUUCUAUUACCAGUUGCCUGUAUAAUAAAAUCACUUCAGGACUUGUAGGCUUGGGACUAACCUAUGCUCUUAUGGUGUCUAACUAUCUGAAUUGGAUGGUUCGUAACCUGGCUGACAUGGAGAUCCAGCUGGGGGCGGUGAAAAGAAUCAAUGGCCUUCUCAAAACAGAAGCUGAAAAUUACGAAGGGCUCCUUUCUUCCUCACAGAUUCCCCAGAACUGGCCAGACAGAGGGGAGAUCCAAAUCCAGAACCUCAGUGUCCGAUAUGACAGCAACCUGAAGCCAGUGCUAAAACAUGUCAAUGCCCACAUCUCACCAGGACAAAAGAUUGGGAUCUGCGGCCGAACAGGCAGUGGAAAAUCCUCCUUCUCUCUUGCAUUUUUCAGAAUGGUUGACACCUUUGAGGGGAGGAUUAUCAUUGAUGGUAUAGAUAUUGCAAAGCUGCCCUUACAGACACUGAGAUCCAGGCUGUCAAUCAUCCUCCAAGAUCCUAUUUUAUUCAGUGGAACAAUCCGGUUUAACUUGGACCCUGAGAAGAAGUGCACUGACAGCAUGCUCUGGGAAGCACUGGAAAUAGCACAGCUCAAGCAUGUGGUGAAGGCACUACCUGGAGGCCUAGAUGCAAUAGUCACAGAAGGGGGUGAAAACUUCAGCCAGGGCCAAAGGCAGCUGUUCUGCCUGGCAAGGGCUUUUGUGAGGAAGACAAGCAUCUUCAUCAUGGAUGAAGCCACAGCAUCUAUUGACAUGGCAACAGAGAACAUUCUCCAGAAGGUGGUCAUGACUGCGUUUGCUGACCGGACUGUGGUUACAAUAGCUCACCGUGUGCACACGAUCCUCAAUUCAGAUUUGGUUAUUGUAAUGAAGAGAGGGGUUAUUUUGGAAUAUGACAAGCCUGAGGUCCUACUAGAACAAGAAGACAGUGUCUUUGCUUCUUUUGUACAAGCAGAUAAGUAAUAAAAAUAAAUAAAGCAUUUUAGAAUACAAUUUUAUUAUUUUCUAAAAAUGUAAAAUGCCUGUAAAUAAAUAUUAUUUCAUAAUAAAUUGAGCUAUUCCUUUUUUAAUAAAAUGAGCCAUUUUUUUCCAUCCAAAGCAUUAAUGAAUUAUUUGUGUACUUUACUUUUUGGUAUACUACUACUUUGCUUUUUAUUUGCUGCCAAAGAAUCAGGAAAUAUAAUUGAAAAAAACUACAUGAGUGAACUACAACAGGAUAUACAUCAAACAAACAUAACCAGCAUGGAGUUUUUAUGUAACUCUCAACCCCCCCAUCAUUUACUAACAUGUUAUUUUUUCUGUUAUGUUAUGUUAUUACUAUUAUUAUUAUUAUUACUAUUAUUAUUUUUAUGUUAUGUUUUUAUGUUAUUUUACAGCCCUACUGUAGAUAAUGUUCAUGACUGACUAAAUGCAGAAAGAAAAGUUAUAUACCAAAGGUAUCUCUCAAAAUCUUGUAACUCUUUCAAUCAAAUGACUCUGUAAAGCUUUAAUAUCUAAAUAUAAAAUCUAUACAACAUUUUUUAUUCUGUGGUUUAUUGAUAGUGCCUGAGUUGUGCCUUAGACUCUCCUUUAAUACUGUCUAGAAAUGAAUCAUAAUCUGAAUCUUUCUGCCCACUGAAUACUAUUACACUGCUUCCAAGCAGGAUGGAGGCAGAUCCCUCCCAAACUGUGAAGAAGCUGAGAGGAGGCAGAAUGUGAUAAAGUGUACAUAAAACAGUGUUUAAUGUACACUGUUUCCAGACCAGUGCAGAUGUACCAAUUCAUCUGGAAAUUAUCCCUCCAAGUCUGGUAAAUAAACAGCAUUAAACCUUUCACUGCAGCUCAGGGCCAUGAGAGCUUGACUCAUCAUCUCCUAGUUUCACAUAUUUCACCCACUGUCAUGCUGUCUCUAGAUUUACUGUGACCCUUACCAAUAAAUUCUGUAUACUUCAGACAACUUUUAACCACUGAAAUUAUCCUAAUUCGGCUAGACAGCUACUUAUCCCUGCCCUGUGACAGUCAUUCCAGGACUUUUUCAUUAAUAGAGGGUUAGAAUGUCAAUAACCCAAUGGAAGGCUACAAUGAGUUUUUAAUUUAUUCUUUUUACAGCAAGUUUACAUUUACAUCCAUUUUUUGUUUUGUUACUUCCCCCUAUUUGAAGGACUUCUUGUGCUUAGGAGAGCUCUUUAUCUUUUUAGGUUUUUGUUUUCUAUCUCUUUAGCCUGCUCAAUUAGUUUGGAACCUGUUUUUAAAAGUUUUAUUUUCUAGAAAAAGACACCUCAGUGUUCUCAUGGGCUAUGUGAUAUUUUAAGGCAUUACUUCUACUGCAGCAGCGAGCCAGGGAAAAUGAAGAACUGUUGUUGCCAUUUGUGUUACCUGUUCCAGAACAGAGUAUUUGCAGCAUAUCCCUGCUGUUAUUUGGGCAAUAAUGAAGGGCAGGUAAGUUGCACCAGAGGAGUGUAGAAUGAACAGUGGUAAAAGUCAGGAGGAAGGAUGUGGUUAUGCAGAUGAAAGGCAUGAGCUCUGUCACUGCCUACUACCCUUUGAGAGAGAAAAAGGGCAGUUGGCAGCUUUCUCCUCCAAGGAAUUGUUGGCUGGGCAGUGUCCAGGAAAGAAUGGCUGCAGAAGUAUUGGUGUGUUUUCACCCUGGAAUACCAGGCUUCCAUUAGGGCUGAGAGAGGAGAAGUGGGAGCAGAAAGGCACAGAGCAGGUUUCUGCCACAGCUCCUGGGCAUGCUGUCUCCUGGCUUCCCAUUACUGGUCUAAGGCAGAAUCUCAUCCUGCAAAGGCUUAGGAAAGCACCACUGUUCAGGACUCCUCAAACUCACACUGCAGAGGCUCUACAGCCAUCUGUGGAAGCUCUUAGAGAUUCUAAUGGCAUGGGGAGAGAUGCAGAGAAGUGAGGUUUCAUGUGCUUUUAAUGAAGUGUCUGGGAUUUGACACUACAAUUUGGGCUUACUCCUAUUCCACAAGCUUCUGAUAGCCUCACCCAGAAGGGAAUUGCAGGGAGGAAAGAACAGCAUAUUGCUGAGGAGGCUGUACUUUAUCCUGCAGCAUUAAGAAAUUAGAACUCAAAAGUGCAAGCAUCAUAAAUUUCCAUUUUAAAUGGGGCUUGUAUUUCCCAAAGUAGCGUUGCAGGAGAGUAGGGUGAGUUCAUUCAUAUCCAACAAUUACCAAUUUCUAAUGGUACCACACUGCUGAGUUGGUGUCUGUGAACAGGGAGGCUCUUGGCUGCCACUGGGGCAGGAUAUUUCCUCAGCACUUUUCAGCUGGUCUUGUUUAUGUAGGGCCAGGGAGUUCCUGCUCCUAACUCCAAAGGAUUAAGAGUCUCACCAGUGACCAGAAGCAGUUCCCAAGAACAUUAUUCUGUGGUGUGAGGCUCACUGACAUUACCUGAGUCAAUAGACCUUGUUGCCACGAGCUAGGCAGCCCAGGAGUCACUGUUAACCAGGCUCACAAAUGUGUUUGUAUGGCAGUGAGGCAUCACUAAGCAAAGGGCUGGACUGCAAUGGUUGCAAGACAGUACAAGCCAAGGCUAGGUUUCAGUUUUCCUGAGGGAUAGGACUUGUCUCAGUCUCAAAGGUGUUAGGGGAUAGGCUGCCCAGGGAGCUGCAACCAGAGGGUUUUUUGUUGCUUUGUAUAAAUGCUUCCACUAUACAAAAAACUUUAUAGUGGUUUAUUCCCUUGUCCUAGAGUGGCCAGGAAACACAGCAUGGCUGCUUCAUCAGUCCUCUUCUCAGCUCUGCUCAUGCCUCCUCUUGUGGCUUUGCAUAACCAACUCUGAUAUCUUUUCUUCUGCCUCCCUACUCAUACUGCAAGGUGAUUUACAAGGCUUAAUUUUUGUCAGACUAACACUGUGUAGCCUCUGAAGCUUUACUCAACUUCUAAAUGCAGAGUAAUAAUAUGGUAAAAACUAAAUUUUAAUUUGACAGUUAUCAUAAGAUCUUGUUUGAUAGACAUUAAAAUUAGAAUAAAUGGGGGGGGGAGUUUUGAAGUGUAAAACCUAUUUUGUGGGUGGAAAAACUUAGCCCUCAUGAUUCAAUACUACAGAGUGGGAUUGUUCAUUCCUGUGAGCCCAAUUUUUUUCAGCAGCUCUUAACACAAAUAUGCUGGCUCACUCAGAUGAUCUGUUACUUUU